UGAUGAUUAUAAUCGCAUGGGAUGAUGUUUUUUGUUAAUAACUAAAUGGAAAUAGCAAUUUCACAUGGGCAAAAUUUUUAAUAGUUGCAAGAGAAUAAAUCCAAACGUUGAUAUUUUAUUUCAUACAGAUUAAAUUUUAUAUGCAUAAAUAUUCUGUUAACCGAUAUCAAAUUUAUUCCACUUGAACUUUCAUAAAAAAAUCUCUAUCAUUUGUAAACUAAUGUAAUAAAUAAACAAACAAAUACAAAAGGUUUUUCUUCAAAAUAUCUUUAAAAUAUAUAUAUAUAUUUUUUUUUUUUGAUAAUUCUCUGUAUUAUUCUUAAAAUAUUGUAUUCUUUGACCAAUAAUACAAUUAAAAUAAAUAAGUAUUGUUUAUACUAAAUUUAUUUAUAAUUGGCUUAUACAUUUUUUUAAUGAAUUUUUACAAUUAAGUUUCCUUGACAAUUAGAUGUAAAUGUUGAUUUUAUCGACAUUUCAGUUCACUUCGUUUUUUCCCGUGAAAAAUAAACUAUCGUCUUGUGUAAUUAUUAAGAUUUAUUUAAUUAGUUAUUGAUAUGGCAAGUGAAAAAAAUAUUUUUGGUCAAACAAAUGAAUCAAACUUACAUAAGGUCAUACGCAGAGUUGAAGAAAUAUGGAAUCGUCGUUUCAUGCAUUCCAAUUGUGUUUUAAAUAAUACAAAUAAAGGACAAAUAUCAAAAAAGUCAACUAAAGAUGGAAGAAUUAUCUCAAUUAUUAAUAAAAAUAUUUAUCCUAUAAAAAAUUCCAUUAUUCCAAAAAAAAGCACGUAUCGAAAAACGAAUAAAAAUGAUAAAAUUAUUCCAGAAAAAUUGAAUAUGAUGCAGCAAAGAGAAUUCGGAACACUUUUUCAGAAUGAAAAUUUAAAUUCAACAGAAAAAAAAAAUAUAGCAAUUUCAAAAGACAAUCCGCUAUUAAUAUCAGCUGAUUUGUUAGAAAAGAAGUAAUGCAAGAUCAGAACACAAAAUCUCUUGAUCAGUAUAAUGCAUCUUCCUUUAAAUCGCCCACAUCAUGGUAUACUUCAGACACAAUUAAUGAGUACAUUAAAAUGAUAGUAAAACGGUCAGAAGGUGAAGUUUAUGCAGUUGUCACUGAUUUUAUUGUAGCGUAUCUUCGAGGAGGCUAUCCAGCUGUAAGAAGAUGGAUAAAAAAAGAUAUUCACACAAUAAAAUUACUUUUUGUGCCCAUGAAUGUAUAUGGGAGUCAUUGGAUAUUGACAGUGGUUAAUAUACCUGAAAAGACUGUGACAUCAUAUGAUAGUCUUAAGUCGUAUAAGGGUCCUUAUCCAAUGGUAUUAAAAAAUUUCUUAAUUGAAUGGGAGAUGGACAAAAAAGGAAAAGCUUCUACAUGGACAUUACAAAUAGGCGAGACAUCUCGCCAAACCAAUGGACAUGAUUGUGGGCCAUUUACUGUUGAGCUGGCAGAAAAAAUGUCUCGAGGAGAUACAACACCAAUAAAUGCAAAUUUUAUGCCUUUUAUAAGAUUAAGACACAAAAAUGAAAUUAUUGCUGGCGAGCUAUUCUAUUAAUAUUUUUAUGAAUGAAAUUUUAUUUUUGUAUUUUAUAUCAAUUUUCUUAAUAUUCACUAUAAAUUGAAAUUCUUAUUUGUAUACCACC